AGGCAGCACCGAGGCAGCAGGUCUGGACCUCUCUCUGCUCACCGCUCUGUUGUGAUUUUCUCCUUGGAAGGGGAUUUUCUUGAUUUUUUCCCUGCUCAGUGGCACAUAGCGAGAUGGAUUUUGGAUCGGCUGGGGUGCUCCUUAUCCUCCUUCUCCUCUCCAUCCUGUGGUUCCUGGUCUGGAGAACCAGCAGGGUGAGAAGGCGGCUGCCCCCAGGACCAGCCCCAUGGCCCAUUCUGGGCAACCUAUGGCAAAAGGACAUUGUGCCCCUCGACAGGACCCAUGCGAAGCUCAGCAGCACAUACGGCCCCAUCUUCACCAUCUGGCUGGGGCUGAAGCCGGCAGUGGUGCUCUGCGGGUACGAGGUGGUGAAGGAUGCUCUGCUGGGCCACUCCGAGGAGUUUGGAGGGAGACCUGAAAUCCCUCUCCUGGUGCAGCUAACAAAAAACUAUGGUUUUGUCUCCAACAACGAGGAGAAGUGGCGGGAGCUGCGGAGGUUCACGCUCAGCACCCUGCGGGACUUCGGGAUGGGGAAGAGCUCCAUGUCGCAGCGGGUGCAAGAGGAGGCCCAGCACCUGGUGAAACUGCUGGAAAAACUUGAAGGAAGCACCUUUGUGCCAAUGACGAUGUUCAGAUAUGCAGUUUCCAACGUGAUCUGCUCUGUUGUCUUUGGAAGCCGUUACAGCUACAGCGACAAGGCCUUUCUGGAGCUACUGAACGUGAUCGGGAAUUACAUCAGCUUUUUCCUCUCCCCUGUUGCCAUGAUCUACAACACCUUCCCCAACAUCAUGCACCACCUCCCAGGGCCACACAGGAAAGCCCUGGCCGAGUGCGAGAAGCUGAAGGACUACAUCCGAGAAAGAGUGGAGCUUCACAAGCUGACGCUGGAUCCCAGCUGCCCCCGGGACUACAUCGACUGUUUCCUUCUGAGGGCGGAGAAGGGGAAGAGCAGCCUGGACACCAUGUACAGCAAUGAAGACUUGGUCAUGUCGGUAUUCAGCCUCUUUGGUGCUGGGACAGUGACCACUAGCAACACCCUGGUCUUCUUCCUCUUGGUCCUGGCAAAAUACCCCCAUAUUCAAGCCAAGGUCCAAGAGGAGAUUGAUGCGGUGGUGGGUACCAGCCGUGCUCCCAGCACGCAGGACAAGCUGAGGAUGCCGUACACCAACGCCGUGAUCCACGAGCUGCAGCGCCUGCACAAGUCCCGCAUCGAGAACUUCCCACGGAUGAUGACACAGGACAUCGUGUUCAGAGGCCACAGCAUCCCAAAGGGCACAGCUGUUAUUCCAGUGUUUUCUUCUGUGCAUACGGAUUCGAGCCAGUGGGAAAACCCUGAAGAAUUCGACCCAGGCCACUUCUUGGAUGAGAAGGGCGAGUUCAGGAAGCGCGAAGCCUUCAUGCCUUUCUCAGUAGGGAAGCGGAUGUGCCCUGGCGAGGCGCUGGCCCGCAUCGAGCUCUUCCUCUUCCUCACCACGCUGCUGCAGAGCUUCACCUUCCAACUGGCUGUCGAGUACAAGGAGACGGAUUUAUUCUCCCUAUGGCUCAAGAUAGAGAGGGGGGUGAUACUGGGCGAGUUCUUUGCUAUUCAGCGCAUGGUGUCCUCUUAAGCAGAGAGCAGAGGGGAGAAGGAAAGGCUCAUCCAGAUGCUUUCAUUUCUUCCCAAACCAGAGCAAACCACACACCCACAAGCACUACAGCAGCAACCACCAAGCAGAAGGGUCCAUUUGAACUUGUGCUGGAUCUGCCAGGCAGCUCUGCCACCACCUCCAUGGGCAUCCCAGCUGCCAACCCCUGUAUAAUCACAGAAUCAUUUUGGCUGGAAGAGACCCUCAAAAUCACCAGUUCCAACCGUUAACCCACCCCUGUCCCUGCCCCGUGUCCCUGAGAACCUCAUGUCCGUCUGUCCAGCCCUCCAGGGAUGGUGACUCCAGCCCUGCCCCGGGCAGCCUGUUCCAAUGCCCCACAGCCCUUCCCAUGAAGAAAUUUGUCUUAAUAUCCAAUUUUCCCUCCUGCAUCCCAGUAACAUGCAGAAGACAGCACUAGUGUUCCUCCUCCCGUAUCUACGGGCUCUGGUUGAGCCUCUGGCUCGUUGUGGAGCCUGUGGCCCCCCAGCUCAGCUGGGUGCUCCCUCCUUUCGGUAUUUCUGCAAUAAAAACAACCAUCCCAGCUGGAUGCUGGUGUUC